AUGGCUCUACGAAGUGAUACCGAAUGGGAUACUGUGACCGUCCUGCGAAAACGGCCACCGAAGGCAAGCGAGUUGCGUGAUUCGAAGACAGUGAAUCAAGCGCAGCGGCUGGGCAAAGCAGUCGAUACGACUAAGAAAUUCAAUGCAGCGACUAACAAACAGCACGUCGCAGUAAAAGACAUUUCUCAGCUCGACAACGAAUUCGAGGACAUGCAUCACGAUAAAAUACCUCUCGAAAUUGGUCGUUUGAUCCAGUCUGGCCGUCAAGCCAAAGAAUGGAGUCAGAGCGACCUAGCGAAGGCUAUAAACGAAAAACUUUCUAUUGUGAAUGACUAUGAGGCUGGGCGUGCGGUGCUCAACCAGCAGAUCUUGGGAAAAAUUGAGCGUGCUAUAGAAAUCAAGCUGCGCGGCAAAGACAAAGGAAAACCAUUACCGCACAAACCUCCUAAGGCGGAGGCAACUAAAGGUGGUCAGAAAAAGAAAUGA